AUGAGUUCAGAGGAACCGAAAGAAGUCUCUGAUCGGUAUUGUGAUAUUCCCACGAUGCCUGUGGAUUCAUUCUUACAUUUAAAAUCAUGCAAUCAUAUUGAUUCAGUUUUGGCCUCAAAGGCUCGAGAAGCUGUAUUUAUUGCCUACAGACAAGCGGUAAUGCUCUCACAGUUUGUUCCUUCGGAUAGGAUAUACAAAUCUAAAAAGGAUGGGUCAAUUGUAUCGAGUGGAAAAUUAGCUGGGUUGAAAGCUGAAUCAUUAAAGUGUACUGAUUGCUCAUUGAAUAAUUUUGAUCAGAACUUUAUCUGCUUACAGUGCCCUAGUGUGGGGUGUUAUUCGGGUAAUAAUCAUGCUUACGCCCACUUCAAAUCUAAUAAGCAUUCCUUCGGCGUGGAUUCCAGCAAUGGGUUAUUAUAUUGCUUCAUCUGUGGCAAUUACGUGAAUAAUCAUCAAUUUAAUGACAUGAGAAUGGAAGUUUUGAGUGAUAAGCAUUUCAAAAGUGCCGCAUUACCACAGGGGGAGAAUGAAAUGAAGCUGAACUAUGAUAAUCCAUCUAGAACCGCAGUUAGUGGCUUGAGGGGCUUUAUUAAUCUCGGAUCAACUUGCUUCAUGAGCUGUAUCUUGCAAACUUUCAUUCAUAAUCCGCUAAUGAAGCAUCAUUUUUUCAAUAAUGAUUACCAUUUCUUUAACUGUGAGAGCAACUAUUGCUACAAUUACGGAGGCUCGAUAGAUAAAGAUAAUGCUUGCAUAACAUGUAGCAUCGACAACAUUUACAAAAAUUUUUACACAUCUAAUAGCACAGACGGAUUUGCAAUGACAAACCUCUUAAUGACCGCAUGGUAUAAGAAGAAAUCAUUAGCAGGGUUCGAGGAGCAGGAUGCACAUGAAUUUUUGCAAUUCCUCUUGAAUGAGUUUCAUAUGGACCAUGAAAAAGUUACCAAGAAGUUGCAAGAGAAUGGGUACCUGGAGCACUCGACCGAAUGCAAUUGUAUCACCCAUAGCGCAUUUUCAGGUACUUUGGAGAGCUCUAUUAAGUGCUUAUCAUGUCAAGAAAACACUAAUACGGUCGAUCCAAUGCUUGAUCUCUCUCUCGAAAUUACCAAGAAGCCAUCCAAACCUAUGAACUUGUAUGACUGUCUUGAUUUAUUUACCAAAGAGGAAAACUUGGACGUUAAUUAUCGCUGUCAGCACUGUGGUGAGAGCACGAGGGCCCUUAAGACACUCCGAAUUAAGAAGCUUCCUCCAGUUUUGACCAUCCAACUCAAAAGAUUUGAGCACCAUAUUGGAUCAGACACUUCCACCAAAAUAGAAGUUCCAGUACUGAUUCCUUUGUUCCUUAACAUACAUAAAUACACUGCAGAAUCUACACAAAAUCCUGGUACCAUCCAAGUCUUAGAACUUUUUGCUCUCGUCUGCCACGUUGGCUCUGUCAAUACCGGUCACUACAGAGUUAUAGUAAAGAAUUCAGACAACCAAUGGCUCAAUUUUGAUGAUAGCGUGGUUUCGUUGGUUUCAGAGGAAGAUGUCUCUAAGACAAAUGCCUAUCUUUUAUUCUACAUAGCUCAUGACCUUUAG